UUAAUUCCAACAUCAUUAACUAAGGGUCAUGCAGAUAUUUCGGAAUCAUGUAUGGACAUUACUUUGGGCGAAGAGGAUGACUUGGUAGAAGCAGAAAAUAUAAAAUAUCUUGAUGAUGACAUUGAUGACUAUAAUGUCAUUCAAGCUUCAGUAGCUGGUUCUGCUAUACAGGCAAGUGAGGCAAUCAUCGAAACAUCAAAUAUUAAUAACAACAACGAAAAUACUGAAAAUUACGAUCCAUCUACGUUGACAAAGUCGAAACGGAUAUCCUCGAGGCAAAAAGUAAAUGAAGUAAAAGAUUCUACCCGUAUAUUAGCCGAUGUUGCAGAAAAGACAUAUACUAUGAAGAAGAAAUUCUGCGACGACCUCAUACUAU